AUGCUCGAGCUCGAGGUUCAAAAGCUUCAACUUCAGAUUGAGUACGAAAGGCUGUGGCAGACAAGGACGAGUGCUGAACGUCUCAAUGGUUCGUUGCCGAGCACUGGGUCUGAGCGGGGCGAUCAGAGGCGGAUGGGUUUCGAUUCCAUCGAGCAAUGCGCAAAAGUGCUGAAAGGGUUCCGCCUGCCGUGUGACGCGGAUGUCCCAUUAUGGUUUGAGGAAGUAGAAAAACUUUUUGCUACGUACAGGGUACCGUAUGAGAGUCGCGUGCAUCUGGUCAUGCCAGCGCUAACUGAACGCGUUCGCUACCUACUGCGUAACCUCAACCAGGAAGAGAGUACGGAUUACGAGUCAGUUAAAGAGGCAGUGUUGAUGGAACUGAAGCUUUCUCCGGCAGAGUAUCUGCAGAGGUUUGAGAGAGCAGUGAAGCGUAAGGAGGAGACGUGGUCACAGUUCGCGUCGCGAGUGAAAACGUACUUCUCUUACUACCUCCAAGUGAGAGGGGCAGCCACUGUAGAUGUGAUGGCAGAACUCAUGGUUGCGGAUCGUAUAAAAUCGGGCCUUAGUAUAGAGGGUCUCGAGUACGUGAGGCUACGGGAAGACGAGGGAUGGCUGAGGCCACCUGAGAUCGCCAGAGUGCUGCAGACUUUUGAACAAGCGAAAGGCAAGGGAUACGCUUCAAAGCUGUCAGCGGUAGUGAUGGGGCAAAAGCCGACGCGAGGGGAGAAAGGUGGCCUCAAGUGCUACAUAUGUCAUGGCUCAGGCCACUUCGCUAAGGAUUGCCCGAAGUCUGGUGAGCAGGAAAAGCAAUCAAAGAAGGUUAUCGAGCCAAGGCAGAGGGCACAAAAAGUAGCGAUAGCCCACGAGACGGGAAGUGAGAUGCCUGAUGGAGUCCUUACUGCAAAGGUAAAAGUACUGAAACACAAAGAAGGCAUGACUAAACUACAGUUAAUUCCUAUUGCAUGCGGAGAUGUAUCCACAGAUGCGAUUCUAGAUACGGGGAGUGAAAUAACUGUGAUGCGGGAGAGUCUGCUUCCGCAAAGUCUCGUGGAGCCGUCAGGCACGAUAAGAUUGGUGUCUGCAUUUGGUAAGACUAUCGAGGCAAAGCUAGUUACGUUGCCGCUAAAGCUAAAUACCCCGCAAAUUGCUGCGGAACCUCAGCAUGUUGACCUACUCUGCGCGUUGACUAAUGAGCUGGUCGAGGGCACGGAUUGUUUGCUGACCAAGGAAGAUUGGGAACACCUGCUGAAGGCCAGCAGCUCUCUGACAUCCCUUGGAGUACCGGCCGAGCCUGCCCAGGGGGUAGAACUAUCAAAUCAGGAAGCCGAGGUAGUGGCCGGCAUCGUUACUUUGGAGGAGGAAGGUGUUUUCGGGGAAGUUCAGCUGGCUGAUCAAGAGAGGGAUGAGUCAUUAGGCCAGAGAGAAGAGUUCCGCGCAGUGCAGCUAGCUGAUGCUACCUUAAAGAAAGGUUGGGAAUAUGCUCGGAGUGGAAAAUCCGGCAUGUUCGUCUCUGAUGGACUCUUACACCACCGGGACUCGAUUCUAGGCACCCGAGUCCUAGAAAAGGCUGGGCUGAAAGCCAGUCCGGAGAAGUGUCAGGUUGCACAAUCCCACAUUCAUUACCUCGGGCAUAUUGUCGGCUCAGGGACGCACGCACCAGAUCCAGAAAAGAUAGCUGCAAUUAGGAAUCUGGUUCCACCGCGCACUAAAAAGGAGCUACGCAGCCUGCUAGGACUGUGCGGCUACUACCGCGAGUACGUCAGAGAAUAUGCAGAGGUGGCGAGCCCGCUCACGCGGUUAACAAAGAAAGCGGUACCCAAUAGGAUACCCUGGCCGGAGGAAGGCUCAGACCGCAUUUGA